CGUGAGCGUCAGUCAACCGUCGAAUCUCGACGCGUAAAGAUACCUUUGCUCACUAUCUUUGCUAUUAAUUGCACAAAAGGAAAAGUGAUUUGCGAUAUAGUGCGACAAUAUAUUUUAAUUGAUAUUCUGAAUAAACAUAUACAUAAGUUUAAAGUAUUUUUUUAUAUCAACAUGGUAUAUGUAAUUGCUUUGACAGUGAUAGCGGGCGUUCUAGGGUUCUAUUAUUAUUUUUUUAAAGAUUUAAAUAUUUACAAAAGACAUGGUAUACCUCAUAAAACGGCACUUCCCAUAAUAGGGAAUAUGGGAGCAACAAUUUUUCGUCGCAUAUCGAUGCCUGAUCAUAUCAAGAAUACUUAUAAUUUACAUCCUGAUGCAAAGUACGUCGGCAUGUUUGAUUUGUUAAAUCCAGUUGUAAUGCUUCGCGAUCCUGAUCUUAUUAAAUCUAUCGCGCUAAAAAAUUUCGAUUUAUUCCCGGAUCACCGCACUUUAAUCGAGGAGCAUCAAGAUCCAUUAUUCGGCAGAAAUCUUUUUUUCCUCAAAGGACAAAGAUGGAGACAAGUCCGGCCUUUACUGAGUCCAGCUUUCACGUCGAGCAAGAUGAAAAAUAUGUUUAAAUUGAUGUCGGAUUACGCCGCCGAAUUUAGUAACUACUUGACACAAUUGCCAGCAGACAAGAAGAUAAUGGAUAUAAAAAACGCCUUUACAAGAUACACAAAUGACGUAAUAGCUACUUGUGCUUUUGGCAUUAAUGUUGAUUCAAUGAAAAACCCAAAUAACGAAUUCUAUAUUUACGGCAAAGAGGCUACUACUUUCGGUGGUAUCCUCUUUAUGAAGCUAUGCAUAUUUAGAAGCUUACCUUGGUUGGCCGAAAUUCUUAAAUUAAGACUUAUUAGAGAAGAAAUAGAAAAUUUCUUUAAAAAUCUCGUAGAAACUACAAUAAAAACCAGAGAUGAGAAUGGUAUCGUUCGCCCGGACAUGCUGCAACUCAUGAUGGAAUCUAGAGAUAAAGAUGGCAAGGGACUGCCUAUUGAAGAUAUGGUGUCCCAGGCAUUUGGUUUCUUCUUUGGCGGCUUCGACAGCACUUCGACAUUAAUGUGUUUUGCUGCUCACGAAAUCGCGGUGAAUCAAGAAAUACACAAAAAGCUUCAGCAUGAAAUCGAUCAGGUCUUGGAAGAAUCAAAUGGAGAAGCACCGUACGAAAUGGUCAAUAACAUGGAAUACUUGGAUGCCGUGAUCAGCGAAGCUCUCAGAAGAUAUCCUGUUGCUAUGCUAAUGGAUAGAGUAUGCGUGAAAGAAUUUGAGUUACCCCCGACAUUGCCAGGAAUGAAGCCCUUUACUAUAAAGAAAGGAGGAGCUGUAUGGAUACCGAUUUAUGGACUUCAUCAUGAUCCGCAGUAUUUUAAAGAGCCGGAAAAGUUUGAUCCCGAACGAUUUCUUGGUGAACGUAAGAAAGAGACUCUUAACUCCGGAGCUUAUCUUCCAUUUGGACUAGGUCCUAGGAUGUGCAUGGGUAACAGAUUCGCUUUAAUGGAGACAAAAGUUCUACUGUUUCAUUUACUGGCACGUUGCAAUUUGGAAAUUUGCGAAAAAACACCGUUACCGCUCAUUCUUGCUAAAGAUGGCUUUAAUAUGAAGCCCGAAGGCGGCUUCUGGCUGAAUGUAUUACCGAGGAAAAAUGUUCAUCGCACUGUUGCUACCAAUGCUGUCAAUAAGAGACGUCAGCAAUAAAAUAGAAAACAACAAAAAACUAAGAAGAAUGUAAAGGAUAUUUCUAUUUUGAUUGAAAUAAGAAGACUUGUUGCUUCACAUGUCACAUGCAAAACAAUAUUUUGUGAAUGCGACAACGAUAAUUUGAUUUCUGUUUUAUAGAUUUCAGUACGCUUUCACUUUCUGAAAACAAAGAAAUUUUAUAUAUUCAAUGUUAUUAAUAAUCUGCAAUAAUAAA